AUGCCAGACGAAAGGAGAUUGAAGGCGAAGGAAGCGAAGCAGAAAAAUUCCAUCAAAGCUAUGGAUAGAGUGAUCCAGUUUAUCCUGAAUUAUGAUCCCGAGAGACAGCAAGGCGAAAUUCCUCAUCGGCUGGAACGCCUUGAGAAGAUUUGGGAAACGUUUGAAAUCGUUCAAUCCGAAUACGAAGAACUGAAUGAUAGUGAAGAUUUUUCAGCGAUAAGUGAACAAAUCAGAGUUCAGAUGGAAGAAAAAUAUUUCGAAGCGAAGGCUGCUUUGGUUUCGAUGCUGCCCCUUGCUGCUCCCGUCGCACCCGCGUACCCCGCUGCGGCUCGUGAGGCACCUGGUCCUAACAACGUGAAGCUUCCCACCAUCACACUUCCCGAGUUUGACGAUUUCAUCCGUCCAAAAAUUUCACUAUUUGAGAAAAAAAAAGAGUCCUUGAAAGGAGAAGCAGCAAGCCUGAUCCAGUCCAUCGCGAUUACUGCUAAUAACUACACCGUCGCUUGGGAUACGUUAGUGCAGCGCUAUUCAAACAAGGCCCUACUGCGUAAGAAGUACAUCCGUGCUCUGUUGAAGUACCCGAAGAUUUCCAACCAGUCCGUUGAUGCCCUCCACAAAAUUGAGGACGAUUUCCAGCGUCACACCAAGAUUUUAGAGCAGCUUGGUGAGCCCGUCGAGCAUUUCAGUUCAAUACUGAUGGAGCUAUUAGAGGAUAAACUAGAUGAUGCCUCUCUAGCUGCGUGGGAAGAGUUUAUCGCCACCGAAAAUCAACCCACUUUUAACAAGAUGAUUGAGUUCCUUCAAAGACGAGCCCGCAUACUAGAGACGAUAUCGGUUAAUCGUCCACACCACAACCAAGUGAAGUCAGCGAAUCAAUCCUCCAUCUCGAAGCGUCCCAGUAAUCCCCGUGUGAGUUCCAACGCAGCUGCAGAAGUUUCACCGAAAACAUAUCCACUAUGUCCAGCCUGUGAGAAGCAAAAACACCCCCUGUUUGAUUGCUCCGUCUUCAACAACAUGGAUGCAAAAAGUCGUAUGAAGGUUGUGAUUGAGAAAAAGUUUUGUAUCAAUUGCUUCCGUAGCGACCAUUUCGCUCGCUCAUGCCGAUCGAAGUUUACGUGUAAAAAUUGUUCGAAGCGUCAUCAUUCGAUGAUUCAUCCUGGACCAUACGAGCUAAGCUCGACCAUUCCCGAAGAGAAUGCUGUUAAAGGAUCAUUCACAUCUAGGGCUACCAAUCCGGGUCCCUCCAGCGUUCUCACCGUUUCUGCUGUUCCUACCGACAGUUCCCCGUGUGUGAAGACAGUACUCCAUCCUACCAGCGUUCUUCUGACCACAGUUGUGUUGAUGGUAGUAGAUGCUUACGGUCAAGAGCACGUCGCCCGUGUCAUGCUGGAUACCGGCUCUCAACCAAAUGCCAUUAGCGAGCGUCUGUGCCAACAACUUCAUUUGAGCCGUAGGUCUGUCAACGUGCCAAUUGCCGGUGUAGAUGGGACCGUUACAAAUGCAAAACAUGAAGUAUCUGCUGAAGUUAGAUCACGUGUAUCCGAUUUCCAUGAAGUGCUCGAUUUUUUUGGUAUUGCGGAAAGUUACAUGCGAUACUCCAUCCGUACCGUUCAAGUGGAUAUGAUAAUAGGUGCUGCUCAUUUCUAUUCCUUCUUGCGGAAAGGAAAGUUUCGCAUAGCAAACCUUUUGUUUAUCGAAACCGUGUUUGGGUGGAUUGCGUCAGGAAAGAUCGAGAGUAACCGUGAACAUUCAAAGCAAGCGAUAGCAACUUGUCAUGUGGCGACAGUUGUACCAAUCGAUGAACUGCUGCAGCGAUUUUGGCAGCUAGAAGAUGUGAGCGCUUCUAAUUACUCCGUGGACGAGCAAAACUGUGAAAAUUUCUAUCAGAAUACAGUUUCCCGUGAUCCCUCUGGGCGAUAUAUUGUUCGAAUGCCCAAGCAUCCCGAUUUCAAUAAGAUGAUUGGCGAAUCGAAAGCCAUAGCAAUGCGGCGCCUUAGCUGGUUGGACAAGCGACUGCAGAAGAAUGAAGAACUGAAGAUUCAGUAUCAUGCGUUCAUGAAUGAGUAUAUUAGCCUGGGUCACAUGGUUCCCGUUCCCGAUGAUGAUGAAGCUAUUUCUAUCAGAUGUUACCUUCCGCACCAUCCCGUGAUAAACCAAUCAAGUUUAACGACCAAGGUUCGCGUCGUGUUCGAUGGCGAAAACUAG